AUGCUUACUAAAUUGUUAACAACUUCAACUUGCCGUAUAGGGCAUUCUUCAAUAAGAUAUUUUGCUAAUAGUAGUCUUAAAAAUGCUAGACAAUCCUGGGGAAAUAUGAAGACUGCAUUUAGAAAUUCAUAUACACAUGUUGGAAAAAGCUUAAAAGAAAGACUUUUUGGACCAACAACAGGUAAACCAUUUAUUUAUGGAACUUAUGCCAUAAUUGGUGCUUCAACAUUUGGUCUUGGAAUGCUUGGAUACUAUGGACUUAGUCAACAAGAUAGUUUAGCUUUAGCUUCAGGUUUAUGGCCACAAUAUGUUCGUGAUCGUUUAAAAGCAACAUAUGGUUAUUUAUUUGGAUCAUUAGUAGUUACUGGUUUAUCCUCUUAUGCAGCUUUUCAUGUACCAAUGAUGUUAAAUUUUGCUGCUCGUGGUGGUUUUCUUCCUUUCCUUGUAUUUAUGGGUGCUGCCAUUGGAACAAGUGCAGUUUGUCAAUCUGUUGAUUAUCAAAGUAAUCCUGCUCUUAAACAUUUAACUUGGCUUCUCCAUACAGCUACACUUGGUGCAUUUUUGUGUCCUUUGAUUUUUGCUGGUGGACCAGUUUUACUUAAAGCAGCACUUUAUACAGCUGGUAUUGUUGGUGGAUUGACAACAAUUGGAUAUUCAGCACCUUCAGAGAAAUUUUUAUAUAUGGGAGGACCUUUAGCAAUGGGAUUAGGGUUUGUUAUUAUGGCUAAUAUUGGAAGUAUUUUCCUUCCUCCAAAUACAGCACUUGGAGCUGGAUUGUACUCUGUUGUAUUGUAUGGUGGUUUAAUUCUAUUUUCUGCUUUUAUUUUAUAUGAAACUCAAAAGGUUGCUAAUAAAGCUGCUUCUUUUCCAAGAGGAGAAUAUUAUUAUACCCAAUCAUAUGGAGGUUAUAAUGGCAAUAUGGGGCAAUAUAAUACUCCUGAUAUAAUAAAAGAUAUAUGA